AUGAGGGUCCUCCUCGCCUCCGUCGUGCUCCUCGCGCUUGCCGGCGCCGCGGUGGCCCAAACCGCCGCUGCCCUGGCUCCCCAGUCGACCUCGGCUGACGGCAAGCGGUUCUGGAAGGACCCCCUGGUGGCCGCCAAGGCCAACAACCUGACCGCCUUUGCCUCCACUGUCGAAGCCGCUGGCCUGGCCGACACCGUCGGCGCCCCCGACCUGGUUGCCACCGUGUUUGCCCCCAGCAACGCCGCGUUCAAGGCCCUCCAGGCGUCCACCGACCCCGUGGUGCAGGACAUCCUCAACGACAAGACCAAGCUGGCCGAGGUGCUCAAGUACCACGUCGUGCCCGGGGCCACCAUCGGCGCCGCGCGCAUCAAGACCCUGAUCGCCGGCGCCAAGGGCGGCGUGCUGCCCUUCAAGACCCUGGAGGGCGAGAAGGUCAACGCCACCCUCAAGGGCGCCACCAUCCUGGUCAACGACGUCCCCGUCAGCGGCGGCGACGUGCAGGGCGGCAAGACCCUCAUCCACGUGAUUGACGAUGUGCUCAUCCCCCCCACUCUCCUGACCGGCGCGGCCGCGCCCGCCGCCUCCCCCAGCGCCGCCGCCGUGCCCUCCGCCGCGCCCGCCGCCACCGGCGCCCCCGUUACCGCUGCUCCGGCCUCCUCUCCGGCCCCUGCCGCCAAGCCGACCAACAGCGCCGGCAGGGUCGCUGCCGGCCUGCUGCUGGCUGUGCCCGCGGCCAUCGCUGCCGUCCUCUAA